AUGUCGAUCGAAGCUCUUCCAGCAGAGGUACUUGAGCUGGUGACAUCGCACCUCGCGACGUACGAUCCGCCGAGCCUCGUAAGCCUCGCCCUCGUCAACAAAGCCAUUUUUCGUUGGUGCAAGCCCUUGGUGAACAAUCUCCUCUUUCAUGACGCAUAUAUCAGCGUCAUCGCGGAGAACUCGGUCCAGGACAGCCAUGGAUUCACUAAAGAAGUCAACAACUAUGUUCGAAAGCUCGAACAGAAAGGAACGAUGGCGCUCGUUCGUCGACUUGUGAUCGACGAUUAUUGCUGCGAUUCAUGCAAAGACAAUUCUUUCUCGCAUUCACAUACUAUAGAGGAUUUGAGAAGCGAUAUGCCUGGCAAGCCAUACACGCCAUUUUACGAAAACUUGUCUUAUCAACACGAUCGCCGAUACCGGCCUGUGUGGCGUGAGGGAGAGCUUCAACGACGCUCUUCUAAUCGGCCAGGAACUGUGACCAACUCCAAUUCAUCGAUCUGGGAGCCGGUUGCUACAUUGAUCCAGAAAUUAACCCAGUUGAAAGAUUUGGUAUGGCUAUGCGCUGAACCGUUUCCCCGCCGUCUUCUUGAGGCUCUGGAGGAAUUCCAGCCUAGGUGUAGGCUUCGGCAUCAUUCACUCCGAUUGAACACUAUCUGUCAUCUGCCUAUUCUUCAAAUGUUAACGUCCCCUUUGUUGUACAGUGUCGUGCUCAUCUGGCAGGUCACUAGUUGGACUCGCCCCUCGAACCCUCAGGACAUUGAUAUCGAAGCUCCGGACACCGAGUACUAUAAUCUACUUUGGCUACGACUGGCCCCGAAUCUAAAAGAGGUAUACAAUGCUGGUAAUACCCAGCCCUGGAUCACAGGAACCAGUGCGGGUUCGCCCAUCAGCCUUCCAUGGCCUGCAAAGUCUGAACUGAACAGACCUCCAACCUCAAUGUGUGAAUUGACGCAUAUUCAAAUUAUCGAUCUAUGGUCAACACUAGGAAUGUGGAAACACCAUACAGAUUUUUCUGUCCUCGAAAGUCUGGUGGUAGAAGCAGGGGUAAACAAGAGGGCACUUAGCCUCUGGUCUCGAGAAUAUUCAUUUCCAUCGCUCCGCAGGCUAGUAAUUUGCAUGAAGCAACGCGAACAGCCAGCUGAUUUUUACGACAUUGCGAGACAAUUUCUUUGUACUCUUCCACCGUUGGAAGAGCUUGAUAUUGAAGGAUGGCACUCACUUCUUCCCGUGGAAUCUAUUGUGGAACAUCACGGACCACGAUUGCGAAGACUAGCUCUCCUCUACGAGCACCGCCAUCACCAACGCUGUCUGACAGAGCCUGCAAUAAAAAUAAUCGCCCGAGAGUGCCCGCUCCUUGAAGAACUAGCUUGCAAAAUCCAGAGAUCCCAAGGAGACGCCUCGGAGGUCGCUUCCUAUCGAGCGCUGGGUACUAUCAAUCGUCUGAAAUACCUGACCUUGUAUCUUGCCGCAUACGAUCCCUCGCUAAACGGAGGUGAAGAGACACAUGUUAUAAAUUAUUCCCCCAGCUGGGGAGGAUGGGGUGACCCUCCUCAAGCUAUGUCCUCGACACAUACUUCUUGGGAUAGACUCGACAACCACCUUUCCUUCCAAGACCUGGGCGGAUACUUUCGCAACCGCGAUGGUCACAUUCGUCGGUUUAUGAUCAACAGUGCUGUGGAUGAAAGUCUCGCCUGUGCAAUUUUCAGAGUCAUUUCUUCAAGCAAGAACCAAGGUCCAGACACCCUACCUCUGGAAGGAAUUAAUAUUCGCAUAGACGAGCCAGAGAAGAAUCGUAUUUUCGCUCAUUCCUGGCAAGUUGGGCGCACACGAGGAGGUAGCAAUGAGCUUGUCGCCCGCGAAGCUGAGCUCACGCAUGAAAUUCGUCAAAAAAGAAGAAUGCCGCUGCCGCUAUGGCAAGCGAUCAUCUUUCGAAAGAUAUGGCCCAUGAAAGAUGAGCCUUGGCAGAGCAGUUUGCAAUGGCAAAAGGAAAAGGCUUUAUCAAAAUGGUUGAUUGGGAGAAGGACGGAGAAGAGGAAGAGAGAGACUCAGAACUCUGCAGGGCGCAAUUGGUGGAAGGAAUGGUCUAGUUUCUCUCUCGCAACAGCAACUUGA